UGAUUUAGGAUUAUGUAAACCUAUAGAAUAUUUUCAAUUAUCUAAAAAUAAUGAUAUUUAUGGUGUUUUAUCAUUUGUAGCACCUGAAGUUUUAAGAGGUCAACCUUAUACUUUAGCUAGUGAUAUUUAUAGUUUUUCUAUAAUUAUGUGGGAAUUUAUAUCUGGAGUUUCUCCAUUUGAUAAUGAAGCUCAUAAUUUUCAACUUAGCUUAGAUAUUUGCAAAGUGUUGGAAAAUGGAUUCAUUAAAAAGACCAACUGCAUCAGAAAUCAAAAAUAUUAUUGA